AUGAUUUCAGGUGAACGUGGCAGACUUAAAGAAAAUGUAGUGCCGUCCAUCUUCCAGUGGACACAGACCCCUAGCCCCAGAAGAAAAAGAGAGCCAAAACAACCAGAUGAUGCUACACAGGGCACCAUACUUGAAGCCUACAAUGGACAGCUAGGAUCUGAGGUCACUGUGUCAACACACCAUGAGUCGGCUGAACUGGUACCAGAACCAGAAGAUUUGGAACCUCAAGCGGAGGGAACACAGUGUACAAUCUUGGGGAGAUGUACAAUAGACAACUUCAGGGAUAACCCCAAAGCUAUCAAUUAUUACACUGGAUUCACUGAUUUCAACCACUUUAUGUUCUUUUUCAACUGUUUAGGGCCAGCAGCAACUGAUCUCAUUCAUCAGUUCACUUCCUUAUCACCUCAUGACCAAUUCUUUUUGACAAUGAUGAAGCUUAGGCAGGCAAAGGAAGACUUUGAGCUAAGCAUGAUGUUUGAAAUCAGUGAAUCCAGUGUAUCAAAAAUCAUUGUUACGUGGAUUAACUUUAUGUACUUUCAGUUGAAAGAAUUAUUUAUUUGGCCCUCCCGUAGUACUGUUUCUGACCAUAUGCCGCAAGACUUUGGUAAGAAAUUCAAAAACACACGAGUCAUUUUAGAUGCUACCUAG